UGAUGUUUUCCGUCCUUUCCUGUGUGCAGGCUGUUGCUAGCUGUCAAAAUCACGCUGAUCCAUUUCUUCCUUGCCCCGGUUGCCUCAUUUUGUCCAUUUGUUUGUGUUUUGUUUUAUUUUUAUGCCGUCUAAAAACACACUCGUGCCCUCCAACAUGUACCAGGUAAAGCCCGUUUGCGGGGGUGACAUCACGGUUGAUUUGCCCACCUGCAUGUACAAGUUAGCAAAUAUCCACGCUCGGUCGGCGAACAGCUGCACCCACGAGCACGCGCUGCAGAAUGGCGAGAUGGACCCAGCCGUCAAAGCUCUGGAGGCCCGUCAGGAUGAGAUCAUGCGCAAAUUGUAUGAGCUGAAGGCAGCCGUGGAGGGCCUGGCUAAGACUGUGACCACUCCUGACGCUGAUCUGGACCUGACUGUUGGCGGCGGGCUUUCGUCAUCCCAGAGCUGCGCCUUCCAUGGCACCGCCGACCUGGACACGCUACUGGGCAAGGACCUUGGCGCUCUCAGAGACAUCGUCAUCAACGCCAAUCCAGCACAGCCCCCCAUCACUCUCUUGGUUCUUCACAAGUUGCUGUGUCAGCGCUACCGGGUCCUCUCCACCGUUCACGUCCACUCAUCUGUCAGCAGCGUACCAGAGCAGCUUCUCUCCUGCCUUGGACCCCGCCACCCGGACAGCUACGCCCGCCAUCUCUUCCAGCUUGGCUUCACCCUCAUAUGGAAAGACGUCCCCAAACUGCAGAUGAAGUUCAACGUUCAGAACAUGUGCCCCGUGGAAGGCGAGGCAAACGUGGCGCGCUUCCUCUUCAAACUGCUGGCGCCAUACCCGUCCGACGUUGCGUCAGCCACCUUAGUGGAUAACUGGGUGGACGCGGCCUUUUUCCAGUUGGCCGAGGGCGGCACCAAGGAGCGGGCAGUCGUCCUGCGCGCCCUCAACUCAACUCUGGGCCGCGGGCCCUGGCUGGUCGGGCGAGAAGUCUCCCUGGCUGACGUGGCGUGCUACUGCUGUCUUCUGCUCACCGGCGCUGCCUCCUCAGCCCCCGCCAAUGUCCAGCGCUGGCUCCAGUCCUGCGAGAACCUGGGUCACUUCGGGCCCGCUAAGGUACUCAGACAGUGACCCGAUCAUCUUGCCAGGAAGGCAAAGUGAGAGAAAAAUGGGCCAGCCAUGUCAGGAACAAUGUCUCAUGCUUACCUCUUGACAGAAUUAUCGCUCAACUGACAUCGAGGCAGACCUUUUGUCUCUUUUUGCUGCUUUUUUAAAUCAGAGAUUCUAAAAGGGAGGAAGCACGAGAGGAUUGUGAAGACAAGGAUGCUCAAACACCUUUCACCCACUUUGUGCCUAUGAAAUAAACGCUACUUGGAAAAGUGUGUUGGUGUGGUCACGUGCAAUUUUGCUAAUGUUGGGAAUACUGGAAAAAAAACGUAUGCAAAAAUGUGUUUCUCUAUAACUGUAUUAUAUAAAACAUACAUGAAAUUCUCAUUCAACAGCUGUAGAAAAAAAACAGGAAUGAUCAUGAACACAAUGUAACGGUACUGAUCAGUCAUCUAUUUUUGUCCUUUGCAAAGAACAGCUCUGGUCCGAUUAUAUUUUAUUUAUUUUAUAGUCAUUAACUCAGUCAUGUUUUAGUGCCAACGACGGCGAAAGACGUCCAAUCCAUUUUACUGGGAGUGUCUGGAAGCAAUCAAACGAUAGCUGCCAGGCAUUUCAGUCAAAAUAGAUUAGACUCCUCACACCUUCAAUGGCAGCCAGUAAGUUAAGCUUUACAAAAAAUAAAGGCAACUGACCUUUUGUAAAUUCCGCCCCCAAAACGGCCAUUGACCAAUCAAAUGUCCUCCCGACCGUGAGGUCGGCGUGAUCUGACAACCUACAUUCUCCCAUUGAUUAUUUUGGUGGUUGCUGUAAGCAUGACCUGACUGCUAACAAAUCUACAACUUUACGGAAGGCCUGGAAAGAACAACUGGACAUCCAAAAUGGUGACGCGUUGUGCCAAUGGCUUAUGUGAAUGACACGAGGUACUUAGAGUUUAUCUGGAGGUGUGCGGUACUCUUCCCAAAGCCGAAAACAACUUGACUGGUGCCUUCGAUGGAUAAAAAUUGGGGUGGCCUCACUCCCAGGUCUAAAAAAUAAACAGGCACUCAUACAUGUGCUAUAUGGUAAGAGUAAGCUAAUGCCAGAGUCUACCAAGCUAGCCUGCUUGCUUUAGUAGAGGCUGCAACAUUCAUAAAAAUGGAUAUCAAAGCUGGAGUUCAUAGGUGGGUAGAGUAGCCAAAAAUUUUACUCGAGUACUGUUCCUUCUAAAUAAUACUCAAAAGUAGUCAUCCAAAAAUCUAAAGUACAAGUAAAAAAGUUCACUGAAAAGAAUACUCAAGUAAUAAUUAAUUGUAACUCCUUACAAUGUCUGAUUUUUUAAAACGUUUUUUCUCUCAACACAAUUUCAUCUGUAUGAACUGUUAUCAUUGUACUAUUACCUAUUAUAUGACCAUACUGGCCAAAAAGAUGACACAAAAAUAAUCGAAUUCAGACCAGAACAAAACUGGAAUCACCUGUCCAAAGAGCAUAAGUGCCCUCUAGUGGAGAAAAAACAUUACCUCUGUCGCCAUCUCUGGCAAAAAUAGUCACCGUGUAGAAAUAGGAAAAAUGUAACGACUAGUGUAGCCUAAAUUAGCGGAGUAAGAGUAGUGUUUCUUCUUCACAAAUCUACUCGAGUAAAAGUAACAUUAUUGCGUGAUAAAUCUAAGUACAUUUUUCCUCAAAAGGUAAGUAAAUAUAACUGAGUAAAUGUAACACAUUACUACCAUGCUCUGCUGGGUUAGUUAUCGAAGUCUAAACAAUGUAGCUGUUUCAUUAGCUAAAGUUAGCUUAAUGUCAUUUGCAAUCCGAUGGGUGCUUCCCCUUUUUAAGUUAAUCAAUGCUGCAACGAUUAAUCGAUUAACUCGAGUAAUUCGAUUAGACAAAAAGUUAGAAAAAUAUGUUGCUGCUUCGGGUAUUCGUUUAAUCGUUUCUUUUGAAAGUGUUUGUAUUUAAUUCAUUGAUUUGGGUGGAAAAACUGCCCUGUAAUGGCAACUAGUGAAUAUGAAAUAACUCAUUUAUCAUGGCUGAAUCCAGCUUUUUUGUGGGACUAUGUGAACGAUUUGUUAAGAGCAUUGUUUAAAAAAAAAAAAAAAAGUAUAGCAUUUAAGCUAGCGGACUUUUGGAUGCAAGUUAGACAAUUGUUCUCGUACUUAGUUCCUCAUUUUUUUUCUUUAUACCAAUUAAGGCUAAGCUCAGGUAUUUAAAUUGAUUUAAAUUUAUUAAUCUAUCAUUAUUUAAAUGAAAGUGCAAUUCUGCAUAGUUUGGAGAAACACCAGAUAAUUUUGUACUUGCAUUAAAUGCUCUUUUGAAGGGGCAACCUUCGUUAUGUUUUACAUCUAAAAUUUAUUCUGCAACGCAUUAAAUGUUCCUAAUCCGAUUAUUUGAAAUAACCAGUUAUAAGAUUAGUCGACUACUGAAAUAAUCGAUAGCUGCAGCCCUAACAAGCGCCUUGAUUUUAUUUUUCCUGUACUAUUUUGAGAAAGGAAACUUUAAUUUGUAUGAUUUGGCCUCUAUAUCUUGCUACAAUUUGUAUGUUACAAAUAUAACCCUCCGCUGCAUAUCGUAACCUCUUUUGCCUCAAUCUGGAGGAUUUUGCACUGGUAUUACUCCAAAAUGAAUCGUUUAAAAUGCCAGUAUAAUGUACGUCUGCCUGCAAUGGCCUGUGUCGUUAAGAGUCACGAAGCAUGCUGGUUUAGCAACCGUAACUAAGGGGGCGGAGCUUUUUCGAAAGGUCAAUUGAUGCAGUUCUCGUUUUCAUAUCAUUUUUAUCACCACUCCCUACUGUGAUUGAUGCUUUUUAAAAACCACCUGUUGCUCUGAAACGCGGUCUUUAUUCAUAUAUGUCCUGGGAAGAAAGCAGAGAUUGUUUUUUUUUUUUUUUUUUUGGUAGAUCGUCUGACAAACAUUAUUGUGGGAUUUUAAAAUAAUUGAGGUACAGUGGUAUGAAAAAGUAUCUGAACCCAUUGGAAUUUAUCACAUUUCUGCAUAAAAUCAUCAAAUUUGAUGUGAUCUUUGUCAAAACCAUACAGGUGAAAAAACAGUCUCCUGUAACCAAAACCACCCAAACAUUUAUAGUUUUUUUUAUUUUAAUGAGGAUAUUUAAUAUUUUGUGCCCCCCCCCCACCCUCUUUGGCAGCAAUAACUUCAACCAGACGCUUCCUGUUGCUGCAGAUCAGUCUGGCACAUCGAUCAGGACUAAUCUUGGCCCAUUCUUCUCUACAAAACUGCUGUAGUUCAGUCAGAUUCCUGGGACGUCUGGCAUGAAUCACCGUCUUUAGGUCAUGCCACAGCAUCUCAAUGGGGUUCAAGUCUGGAGUGACUUUGGCCACUCCAGAACGUGUAUUUUGUUCUUCUGAAACCAUUCUGAAGUUGAUUUACUAGUGUGUUUUGGAUCAUUGUCUUGUUGCAGCAUCCAUGCUCUUUUUAGCUUCAACUGUCUGACAGAAGGCCUCAGGUUUUCCUGAAAAACAUCCUGAUAAACUUUUGAAUUCAUUCUUCCAUUAAUGAUUCCAAGUUGUCCAGGCCCUAAGGAAGCAAAACAGCCCCAAAUCAUGAUUCUCCCGACACCAUGCUUCACAGUGGGGAUGAGGUGUUGAUGUUGGUGAGCUGUUCCUGUUACUGAAAGUAAAGGGGCCGAAUAAUAUUGCACGCCCCACUUUUCAGUUUUUU